GUUUUUUCUUUCUUCUUCUUCUUCUUCUUCUUCUUUUUUUUAAAGAAUUUUUUUUACAAAAUUUUUUCCCCAUUCCCUCGAGAGUUUUUUUUCCUAAGAAACUUGACAGGGAAUGCUCUUUCUGAGUUCUUUCUGUCUUUUACUUAAUUCCUCCCUCUCCCUUUUCCUAUCCGUUUUUCCUUCAUUUUCUCUCAUUUCAUUUUUCCAUGUCUUCCACUUAAUUUUUCAUUUUUUUUUAAUUUAAAAUUUUGGUAUUUCUAAUCAGUUUUGUAGUUAUUAACAGAUCAAAGUGUUGGGACUCACAAUGCUAAAGUGGUUUUUGGUCAUAGCUUCGUUGAUCUUCUCCUCCACUUUUGCACAACACAGUCUCCCUCCUAAAGAACAAUGGCUCACUUUGAAAGGGGAACCGCCACUAGUAAUAGCAAGAGGAGGAUUAUCUGGAGUGUUUCCAGAAUCAAGCCCUUUUGCAAAUCAAAUGGCUUUGGUUGCGGGUUUACGUAACACAGCUUUGUAUUGCAAUCUUCAACUCACCAAAGAUGGGGUUGGCAUUUGCUUAACUGAUCUCAGGCUUCAAAACUCAACCAAUAUUGAAGAUGUCUUCCCUAGGCAGCAUAAGUCUUAUAUUGUUAAUGGAAAAAAAAUCAAAGGAUGGUUUUCUGUUGAUUACUUGUCUAAGGAUCUCUUUAACAGAGUUUACAUGAUUCAAAGUAGCCUCUCUCGACCUAGUCUCUAUGAUGGUACUUUACCGAUCGCGGGUGUUGAAGAUGUCAUUGGGAUUAAACCGAGUCAGUUUUGGUUGAAUGCUGAGCACGAAGCGUUCUAUGCAGAACAUGAUCUGAGCGUAUCAUCGUACCUUCAGAAGGCAUUGAGAACGACGCGAAUAAACUUUGUGUCAUCUUCAGAGAUUGGAAUAUUGAAAGGGAUAAGUGGGAGUGUGAACAUAGCUAGAACAAAGCUGAUCUUCAGAUUCUUAGAAGCUAAUGAAAUAGAGCCAACAACAAAGAAAACAUAUGGUGCAUUGGCUCAAGAGCUUCCCAUGAUUAAGACAUUCGCCUCAGGAAUUCUUGUAAGAAAAGAAUACAUUUGGCCAAUUGGUCAAGACAAGUAUGUCCAGCCUGCAACAACUCUUGUCAUGGAUGCUCAUAAGCUCGGCUUGGAAGUUUAUGCUUCUGGCUUUGCAAAUGAUGCCAUUGUUGGUUACAAUUAUAGCUACGAUCCAAUCCGUGAGUACCUUCAAUAUUUUGACAAUGGCCAUUUUGCUGUUGAUGGAGUCCUUUCUGAUUUCUCUCCUGCUGCUUCUCAAGCCAUUGCCUGCUAUUCGAGUUUUCGCAACAAUGGCAAAAUUCAGCCUGGAUUAGAGCAAGCAUUGGUGAUAAGCAGCAAUGGAGCAAGUGGGGAUUUCCCAGGCUCAACUGAUCUUGCUUACCAAAGAGCAAUUGAUGAUGGGGCUGAUAUUAUUGAUUGUUCAGUUCAAUUAUCAAAAGAUGGAGUUCCUUUCUGUAUGGAGAUGGCAGAUCUUUUGACAGGUACAACUGUUGUCACUGCUUUCUCAGCAAGAACUACAACUAUCCCUGAAGUCCAAGCUGAAGCUGGAAUCUUCUCUUUUGAUCUUACUUGGGCUGAGAUUCUAACUCUCAAACCUCAAAUUUCAAACCCUUUCAUGGCUUCUUCUGGUCUUGCUCGUAAUCCAGCCUUUAAGAACAAAGGCAAGUUCAUGACUCUUAAUGAGUUUCUGGAGUUUGCUAAAGCCAAAGCUGUUUCUGGGAUUAUGAUCAACGUCCAAAAUGCGGCGUAUUUGGCUUCAAAGAAAGGUCUGGACAUGGUGGGAACUGUAUCUUCUGCCUUAACCAAUGCUACUUUUGACAAACAAUCAACACAACAAGUUUUCAUUAGAUCAGAUGAUACUUCUGUGUUAUCCUUUUUCAAGACAAAGUUCCCAAGUUACAUUAGAGUUUUAACUGUUGACUCAAAGAUUGGAGAUGCCCCAGAAGAUGCUCUUGAAGAAAUCAAACGCUUUGCUCAAGUUGUAGCCAUUCCUCGUGGCUCUAUCAUUGAAAUUACAAACUAUUUCACUACUGGUCUCACUAAAGUAGUUGCUGAAAUCAAGGCUUCCAAUCUCUCUGUCUUUGUUUAUGUCAUGAGAAAUGAAUAUGUUUCCUUGGCCUUUGACUACUACUCUGAAGCCUCCAUGGAAAUCUCUACCUUUGUCGAUUACUUCCACGUCGAUGGCAUCAUUACCGAAUUCCCCAAUACCGCAAAACGAUACAUUACAUGUCCGUGCCGACCAACUCAGCCAAACCCGAAUGGAGCUCCGUAUAUAAUCGUACCACCUGAAAUUGGUCUACUGAUGAGUAUGGUGGCUCCGGAGGCUAAACCACCUACCGAUCCUCCGUUGCCGCCAUUGGAUGCUGAAGAUAUUGUCGAUCCACCGCUUCCGGGGGUGAUCAAAAUGUCGUCUACCGAUCCUUCCGAUGCUGCCGACGGGCCGGCCGCCAAAUCAUCAGCCGCUGUAUCAAAUGUUGCUAACUUGUUUGUUUCUCUACUCUCAGUUGUUGUGCUAAACUUCUUCAUUUCCCACUCUACACUGUAAUAAUCAAUACAAUUAUUAUCUCUUCCAUAAACAUAUGAAUAUGUAAACUCUCAAGGCCACCCACUUUCACAUGUAUUUAUGUAGUCAAUACACUUUUUUUUUUUUAAAUA